GGAAACUACAAAGAACUUUCUUCAUGAUUUCACAAAAACCCCCCUCCACAGAUGUACAUCUCAAGAUCGUUUUUGAUUGAUCGUGUAGAAUUAGGGCAAAAUCGAGGGUAAAAUUGAGGUUCUUUGGGAUUUUUGUUUUUGAAAAGUAGGGGGGUUUCCAAGUGAUAACAAUUUCUGUAUUACUAACAACCGCGGAGAAAAAAGUAGGGUUUUUGAGGAUUGUAUGAUUUUGUGGCUCUGAUGAUGAUGACAAACGGUGGUACCUCCUAUGAAUGGCAAUUUGAUGUGGAUGAUGAUGUUGAUUUAACUGCUGAUGACGGUGCGAUGAGCAUGGACAUCGAAUCGUUUUUUAGUAUUCUUGAAGAGAGACCCCCAGAUGAUUGUUCACAGAACGCAUUUGUGGAUCCUUCUUUAAGUAUCGCACCUUGUAAUGAGUCAGCUUUGCAUAUUGGUGUUAUCGAGCACUCCCAAACCCACGAUGAUCACUCAGAAGCUUCAGCCUCUAGAACUGUUUGUUCAAGUGGUUCAUCUGAUUGUGAGAGGCAGACAGAUAAUCACGGGUUGACCAAAGUGGGACCUAUGCCAGAUGUAUCCUCCAUGCACUUUUCUUCUUGGGGCCCUGGUGAUUGGAUGGUGCCAGUUCCACCAGGUGAUGGCACUUCUUGCUUACCAAAUAAUGUAGUUUCUCGAGGUUUUUCAUCAUCUAGCCACUAUGACACUAGGGAAACCAACUUUGAGAGAGCUGCUAGAGGUGGGACUUUUGGUAUUAGUGAUGGUAAUGGUGAUCAUCAAAGAAUGGAUAAAUAUCAGAUAGCUGAUGGAAUAUAUUGCAACUCAGUUGCAGAACAUUGUAGAACAUCAGAAGCCCAUGACAGUGUGGAGUCCCCAUUUAAUGAUGUCACUGGAUAUUCCGACAUUCCAUGCAACCCUGAUGAUAAAUCUUCUAUGCCAAAUAUCAUGAACGAAAGUGAACCAUCUUAUUCUGGCCUGUCAAGGCAUCACCAAAUUUCAGGUCCUCAUCCUGUGAUUUAUAAUAAUGGAUUGUUAUACAAUGAUAAGAUUGCAUCAGAGCAGCAUCUAAUGCACAAUGCAUCCAUAAACAGUGCAUCAGACGAGACCCAAGCUGAAAGCAUCCGUGGAGGAUCUUUGGUGUAUCAAAGCUCUGGUACCAGAUCAUAUKUCAGUGCCAAAGGCAGUACUACUUGCUUACCAAGCAGUGAAAGUUCUACUGAUACACCUGCCAAAGGGUCUAUCACUUGUAUGCUACCAAACAGAAGACAAAUGAUUUCUAUAAUGGAUGCAAAAGGUGACGUGCCUGUUGCAGCACUGGGUGCUGCACACAAGUCCUUUGAACUUGUGGAUGAUGUGGAUAGUGAAAAAUCUUAUGACGUUGCUGAUUGGCAAUUUACUGAUAAGGACUUGUUGCAGUCCUUUUCUGGGGUCCUUGAUUCUGUCUCAAGAAAGGAUCAUGCUGUAAAGGGAGAACAGGACGCCAAACAUUCUCGCCAUUUUAUCAAUAUCAUUGAUAACACUUGCAUGAGCAAUGGUGCAUUUGCUGACAAUCGUUGUCUGAAUGAACAGUCGCUAGCAAAAUCAUUUGUCCAGCGUGAUGCUUCAAUCGAGCAGCAGCAGGUUUCUACAAAGGAAGAAAGAGAGAGUACAUUUGUGGCACGUGCUAAUAUGGGUUCCGUUCCCCCAAAAACCAGCCAUCAAGCAGUUGGGAACAGUGCAUCAGGCAAUGUUACCUACAUUGAUGUCGAUGACCCUGAUAUAUGUAUUCUAGAAGAUAUGAGUGAACCUGCACCCAGGAAACAGUCUCCAGUAGAUGGGAAAUCACCUAUCUCUGCACAAAGGUCUUCUCUUAGUGCUCCCCCAACUCACAUGGGAUUUAACAAUGCAAGGCUCAAGGCGAAUGAUGAACGGUUUAUUUAUCGAGUUGCAUUGCAGGAUCUUUCCCAGCCAAAGUCAGAGGUAUCUGCACCUGACGGUUCAUUGGUGGUUUCACUUUUGAGACACCAGCGAAUUGCUUUGUCAUGGAUGGUACAGAAAGAGACUAAAAGCCUGCACUGCUUUGGAGGAAUCCUUGCUGAUGACCAGGGACUGGGUAAAACAAUAUCGACAAUUGCUCUUAUUCUGAAGGAAAGGUCUCCAUCUUCUAGUGUUUGUACUACUGAAGUGAAAAAGAUAGAGACAGAGACUUUGAAUUUGGAUGAUGAUGAUGAUGAUGCUGUUACCGAGCUUGAUAAAUCCAAGCAAAAGGUCAAUUCUUAUGUGAUGGAAACUAAUGGAAGUUCAAUCAAGUUUAAGAGCAGUUCCAUGCAAACAAAAAGUAGGCCAGCUGCAGGGACCCUUGUUGUAUGCCCUACUAGUGUUCUUCGUCAAUGGAAUGACGAAUUGCACAACAAAGUAAGCAGCGAAGCUAAUCUCUCUGUUUUAGUUUAUCAUGGCGCAAACAGAACCAAGGACCCUUUUGAGCUAGCGAAGUAUGAUGUUGUUCUUACUACUUAUGCAAUUGUGAGCAUGGAGGUUCCGAAGCAGCCCCUUGUUGAUGAGGAUGAGGAUGAAACAAGAAGGCGUAAUGAUUUUCUUCCUGUUGGGAUCUCACCUGGUAAGAAAAGAAAAUAUCCUCCUAGCUCUAGUAAGAGUUCCAAGAAGGACAAGAAGGGAAUGGACAAUGAACUAUUCGAAUCUCUUGCUCGUCCUCUUGCCAAGGUGAGAUGGUUUAGGGUAGUACUCGAUGAGGCACAGAGUAUUAAGAAUCACAGAACACAAGUAGCUAGGGCUUGUUGGGGUCUCCGAGCUAAACGUAGGUGGUGCUUGUCAGGGACUCCUAUCCAGAAUGCCAUUGAUGAUCUCUAUAGCUACUUCAGGUUCUUGAGAUAUGAUCCAUAUGCUGUAUAUAAAUCAUUCUGCUCGACAAUAAAGGCCCCUAUCCAAAGGAGUCCUGGAACUGGGUAUAAGAAGUUACAGGCUGUCUUGAAGACUAUUAUGCUUCGGCGUACGAAAGCUACACUUCUUGAUGGAGAACCAAUUAUCUCUCUGCCACCCAAGACCAUUAAUCUGAAGAAAGUGGAUUUCACGGCCGAGGAACGUGAUUUCUACUGCAGGCUGGAGGCUGAUUCUCGUGCUCAGUUUGCAGAAUAUGCAGCUGCUGGAACAGUGAAACAAAACUAUGUAAACAUAUUAUUGAUGCUUUUGCGCCUCCGACAAGCUUGUGAUCACCCUCUACUUGUUAAAGGAUGUAGCUCAAACUCUGAGUGGAAGUCAUCCAUUGACAAGGCAAAAAAGCUUCCUCCUGAAAAGCGAAGCCGUCUGCUAAAUUGUUUGGAAGCCUCUUUAGCAAUUUGCAGCAUAUGCAGUGAUCCACCUGAAGAUGCUGUUGUGACAACUUGUGAGCAUGUUUUCUGCAAUCAGUGCAUCCUUGAACAUCUUUCCAGUGAUGAUAGUCAGUGUCCAUCUUCAAAAUGCAAAGUUAUCCUUAACACAUCAUCAGUAUUUUCUAAAUCCACACUCAGGAUUUCUCUCGGUGACCAAUAUCAUCAGGGUAAUGCUCUUGAUUGUUCUGGCUCAUUGAAAGCUGAGAUUUUUGAGCCUUGUUCAUCCAGUGGAUCAGUGAAUUCCUCGAAUAUUGAGGCCGCUGAGGCACUUGAUUCCUCUAAAAUCAAGGCCGCCCUUGAGGUCCUACAGUCUAUUGCUAAACCUCGGGAUGUAGCAAUAAAUGCUGGUUCCUUUGGCAGUCCAGAAAAAUGUUCGAGUGAUCCCUCUGGCGUUUUUGACAAGGGUGCUAAUGUCAAAGGAAGCUUAGUUGUGAGAGAGAAGGCAAUCGUUUUCUCACAGUGGACGAGGAUGCUGGAUUUGCUUGAAGCUUGUCUCAAAGAUUCUUCUAUUGGUUAUCGUAGACUUGAUGGAACAAUGUCUGUUGUUGCACGUGAUAAAGCGGUGAAGGAUUUCAACACUCUUCCAGAGGUUUCUGUUAUGAUCAUGUCUUUGAAAGCAGCAAGUCUUGGAUUGAACAUGGUUGCUGCUUGUCAUGUGCUUCUUCUGGAUCUCUGGUGGAACCCAACAACUGAAGAUCAAGCAAUUGAUAGAGCUCAUCGGAUUGGGCAGACUCGUCCAGUUUCGGUUUUGCGGUUGACUGUUAAAGAUACUGUUGAAGAUCGUAUAUUGGCUCUUCAGCAAAAAAAGAGGGAGAUGGUCUCAUCAGCAUUUGGGGAGGAUGAGACUGGAAGCAGUCAGACUCGGCUUACAGUCGACGAUCUGAAAUACCUAUUUCAAGCUUAAUCAAGGUUCUUUUUACGGUUUCCCUUGAUGUAUGAAGUUAAUACUGCGUAUAACGACUAUAUCGUGUCAUCAUACUAAUAUGACUGAAAAAAAUUAAUCACAUUUCAUGCUCAAACAAAAACACAGAUACAAGAUGAGAGAUUUAGUAAUUAAAAAUUGUUUCGUUAUACCACGUGAUGGGAUGACACGAUAUAACUGUUGUAUUCAGCGUCUUGAAGGAUACGUUAUUAACAAAAACGGAAUCAGUUACUCUUGAAAAGUUUUUAUUUUUUGGUAGUUGUGAUUAGGAAGUUUAUAGAAGAAGAAGAAGAAGAAAGAUUGAUUCAUUGCAAAGGUGGUAUUUUGUUAUUAAGUUUUAUCUCAUUGUAUAGGAAGGAUGUUUUUGUAGUCAAAUGGCAUACAUCAGAUGAAGAAGGUAGAAGGUUUUUUCACUUUUGCA